GAGCAAUAUUGCUGAAGUAGCAUAAAGUGUUUCAGACUCGAAAACAUCACCAAUCUCAAACAUGUUGGCUAUAUUUUGUUUAGCAAUCGUUCUUCCUCUCAGUUUCGCUGAGCCAGAUGAACAUAUCGUAGGUGGUUCUCCAGCAGCAAGUUGUCAGUUUCCAUCAAUAGUUCAUUUACUCUUUGAUACUACUAAAGGUACUUUCGAAUGUGGUGGUACACUAUUGGACAACCAACAUGUUUUGACCGCUGCCCAUUGUUUCGCUACCGGAACUCGUUCAGUUUCUAUAAAUAUUGGUACCAAUAAUAACCAAGUGAACGGUCGAUAUGUUAUGACAUCUAGAACAUGGAAAGUCCAUUCUGGUUAUUCUGAUAAUCCCAUGCGCAACGAUAUUGCUAUGAUUCGUCUACCUAAGCCAGUGUCAUUUGGAAAUUGUGUAGCAGCUGCUGCCCUUCCUUCUCAAGGAGAGAUAUUUGAUGGGAGAAGAUGUAUCGCAGCUGGAUGGGGUAGAACUGGAGUGGAUAAGUCUUCGACUGUCGAACUUCGACAUGUAACUAUGCCAAUUGUUGAACACAGACUCUGCAAACAGAAAAUGGACUAUGCGUCUCUCAUGGAUGAACAUAUUUGUGGAGGUGAUUUCAAGUUCGGUGGUGCCAGCACUUGUAUGGGUGAUUCUGGUGGCCCUUUCUAUUGCCCCAGCAGAAAUGGCAACAUGGUUGUGGCUGGCAUCACAUCAUUUGGUUAUGACUGUGCUAUUGAUGCUGCCAUCUUUACCAGUGUUUCCUACUUCAGAAACUGGAUCGACACCACAUUAAGGACUUUAUAAGAUCCAGAAACAGGAUCGAUGACGCCCUGAAAAUUUAAUAGAUUGUUGCAGUCCAACGACACUCUAAAAUAUAUUUGAUAUUUCAACUAUAUUUAAAUAAAAUAGAUUUUUACUGAACAA